CACUGGCUGCCCGGAAGAUUCUGCUGGGCGCCACAGCCAUCAUGCUUCUCAUCAUUUUGGUCGUACUCAUUCCUGUCUUGGUGAACUCAGUAGGUGGCAACGAGGACAGUAGCCACUACAAGAUGUUGGGCACCUGCCGCAUGGUUUGCGAUCCUUACCCGGAUAAGGCUGGUACUGUUGAAACGGGAAUCAGCUUGCCGACAGACGGCGACGCAGCCGUAACGCACAUCCAAGCAGAGGCGGAGCCGCUAAGUGACCACAGUGUGAGCCCACCUUUGCCAACAUACAUCCACGGCAGGCCGGGAAAACCUGGAAAACCGGGACCUCCUGGACCACCAGGACCACCCGGAGAGCCCGGUCCUCCAGGUCCGAUGGGUCCACCAGGGGAAAAAAGAAUCACAUCAGUAGCUGGCAUUGGCAGCUUUAAUACAGGUUCACGUGUGGCAUUCUAUGCUGGUCUGAGGAACCCACAAGAGGGCUAUGAAAUCCUGAGGUUUGAUGAUGUGGUCACCAACAUCGGCAACAAUUACGACGGUGCGACAGGGAAGUUUGUGUGCAAGGUGCCCGGUACAUACUUUUUUACCUACAAUGUUCUGAUGAGGGGCGGCGAUGGGACCAGCAUGUGGGCAGAUCUUGUGAAAAAUGGACAGGUGAGGGCAAGUGCUAUAGCCCAGGACCAGGAUCAGAGCUAUGAUUACGCCUCGAACACAGUGAUCCUGCACCUGGACCCAGGAGACGAGAUCUUCAUCAAGCUGGAUGGCGGCAAAGCUCACGGUGGAAACAGCAACAAAUACAGCACCUUUGCAGGCUUCAUCCUUUACUCUGAUUAGCAGAGAUGAUGUUAAGGUUUGUGAUUUCUUAAAGGUGGGGUUCAGUGUCUUGA